AUGAGUGCUCAAGUGGCAGCCAUAGCAGCCAUUGGCUUUUCUUCUUUGGCAUUACUUAUUGUAUCUCUAUUUGUGCCAGCUCUUUAUGUCAAGAUCAAUGCGAUCACAAAAGCAGUAGACGCGGAUAUGGUCGAGUUUAACAGUCUACAAAAUGGCGUUUGGAGCAGAAUGCGUGGUUCUCAUAUUGCUGGAACUUUUGUUCCAUUUGUGAAGAGAAGAGAGACGAGACAAGCACAAGAGGGGGGAUGUGCUUGUAAUCAUCAGAGCGCUUGCCCACCAGGAUCAGUCGGAACUCCAGGAGAGCCCGGUCAGGAUGGCACUGACGGCCAUCCAGGGCUUCCGGGAGACAACGGAAUGCCCGGAAAUCAACCAUCAGUCUACAUUGACAAUAACGAGAAAUGCAGAGUCUGCCCGAACGGACCACCAGGCUUCCCAGGACUUCCAGGUGAUCCGGGUCCAGCUGGACCACCCGGAAUUCAAGGACCGCCCGGACUGCCCGGCCACGAAGGAUUUCCGGGAGCGCCUGGUGCGCCCGGAGAUAUCGGACCGCUUGGGCCUACUGGAUUUCCCGGAGAACCAGGAUCGGACGGUCAUCCUGGUAAACCCGGAGAUAGAGGAAGUCCUGGAAAACUGGGCGAGCCUGGUGAUGCCGGCAAACCGGGACAAGAUGGUGGAAAUGGACCGCCUGGUACACCCGGAGAUGAUGCCCAAUAUUGCAAAUGCCCCCGCAGAUCGGAAAGAUCAAAACACGCUCAACGAGUCAUCCGCAUA